AUGCUUAGCUUUAGGACUGCCAAUAGUAGGUGAGCCUUUGGAAGAGUAACAGAGCUCCCCAUCCUGUUCUUUUCUUAAAGAUCUAACCUUCCACCCAAAUCUCUUUCGCGAAGCAUAUUUUUUACAAAAUGAUUUGGUUUCAUCUAAGCAAACAAAACACAUCCUUGUUGCAGGAUUCCAAUAUGUGUCGUCAUCGUCAUAAGAGUUGUCAACUAUGAUACAUUCAUCUUCAAUAGUACCACAAUGCAUGAAGUUCCAAUUGAUGGUGAAAUGCCACAAAAAGGUGUUCUCUUCAUAACUCCAUCUCUCCCUAUCUCAGAUCUAACCAUGCUCUGCUGGCAUUACAUCCAAAAAGGUGUUCUCUUCAUAACUCCAUCUCUCCCUUCUCAAACAGUACUCAUUCCCCACCUUAUUACUUCUCUCUCUAAAACACUCUCUAUCUUCCCACCCCUCUCUGGCCGUUUCGUAACCGACUCAAACGGUUACAUUUACAUCACUUGCAACGACGCUGGUGCUGAUUUCAUCCACGCCACCGCCACUCAUUUCACUCUCACCGACCUUUUGUCAUCACCUGAUAUCCAUCAAGCUUUCGAACAAUUCUUCCCAUUCCACCGUAAACUCAACUACGAUGCUCAUUUCUCACCUAUCUUAGCCGUUCAAGUCACUUACCUUCCCGACGGAGUAUUCAUCGGCGUCGCUGUCUGCCACGCUGUCACCGACGGCUCCAUCCUUUGGAACUUCUUCAAUACCUUCGCUGAUAUUUCCCAGGGAGUCACGCCACUUUCGAGAAUCCCGGACUUCCGCCGGGAAUCAAUCCUUAACUCCAAGGUUGCUGUCCAGUUACCGGAAGGUGGCAUCGAGUUGGCGUUCAACCCUGACGAGCCAUUGCGAGAGAGGAUUUUCAGUUUCUCUCGCGAAGCAAUUCAGAAACUGAAAUCGAGAGUAAACCACCACCGUACUUCGCCGGAGAAUGCUGACGUGGCAGAGCUAAUAUCAAAACUGAGCGACGACACUCAACUGAAAACAGUUACGAGAAACGGAAGCGAAAUGGAAGAUGUUUCGUCGUUUCAGUCGCUAUGCGCGAUGAUGUGGCAAUGUGUGACACGCGCUAGAAAACUUGAUGGUUCUGAAACGACGACGUUUAGAAUGGCUGCGAAUAUUCGUAACCGUUUGGAGCCGAAGUUAGGUGAGUACUACUUCGGGAACGCGAUUCAGAGCAUUGCCACGUGUUGCAAAGUUUAUGAGGUGUUGAACAAUGAUCUUACGUGGUGUGCUGAGCAACUGAAUAAAAGUGUGAGGGAGUACGAUAGCGUUGUGGUGAGGCGUGUCGUAGAGAAUUGGGAGCGUGAGCCGAAGUGUUUCAAGCUGGGGAGCAAAGAUGGUGCGUUGCUGCUGAUGGGUAGUUCGCAUAGAUUCCCUAUGUAUGACAAUGAUUUUGGAUGGGGAAGGCCGUUGGCGGUGAGGAGCGGUGGAGCUAACAAGUUUGAUGGUAAGAUAUCGGUCUAUCCGGGGAGGAAAGGAGGCGGCAGUAUCGACUUAGAGGUGGCUUUGGCGCCUGAAACGAUGGCGCUGCUUGUCACUGAUUCCGAGUUCAUGCCUUACGCCACUUGACACGUGUCACAAAUUUGGAAGGGAAUAUUGUUGUGUUAAAAAGAAAGUAAACACUAUUUAUUUUCGUAGUUUGAAUUGUCAGGUGUCUGUGAAUAAUAUUAUUAGGAGUUCCUUGAU